UAGUUUUUUUUUUAAUCUCAAGGCCACUCGGCAAGCUGUUUCAUAAUUAUCAGACCAAGCCCCAAACUCCCUGACGCUCAGGCCUGUAUAACUCCCAAAUCGCAUCAAGGUGGGGUUUGGGAUUGGGGUUAACAAUGAGGCUGAUCAAACAGAAUAUCGAGCAGGAUGGCUCAGGCUCAGUUACGCUCUUCCCUGAGGAGCCAGAGGAUAUGUGGCAUGCGUACAAUCUAAUCCGGCCCCAUGACCUGCUGAAAGCCAGCGCUAUCCGUCGCGUUACGACCACCGCCACAACCGGGACAACUUCGUCGUCACGAGUCCAUCUGACGUUGCAAAUUCGGGUUAAGAGCCUGGAUUUUGACCCCCAAAGUUCCCAGCUUCAUGUAUCAGGACAGAUCGCCUCAGAGAACCCAUAUACAAAGAUUGGUCAACAUCAUACGCUGGAUCUAGAGCUCCAACGGAAUUUUACCCUUGAAAAACGCACAGAGUCAGGUGAAGUGGGGGGAUGGGACAGUGUCGCUAUCGAGAUGCUAAAGGAUGCCGUGGAUGAGGGCUACAAAAGAAGGGCGGAGGCUGUAGCAGUAGUAAUGCAGGAAGGCUUGGCAAAUAUCUGCUUUAUCGGCCAGUUUCAGACCGUCCUCAAGCAGAAGGUUGAGAUGACAAUACCUAGAAAAAGACAAGGAGGGAGUGACCACGACAAGGCCCUGGCUAAAUUUUUCCAAGUAACCCUCGAAACCCUUCUUCGCCUCCUGGACACCUCUGCAGGCUCGAUAACGUCGUCAACGACAAGUAAUGGCACGUCAACGAGGCCUAUACUGUUAGCUUCCCCUGGUUUUACUGCCGUCAGCUUCCAAAAGCACAUUCAAUCCGUGUCAUUAGGCAAGCCGGAAUUGAAGCCUCUUCUAGAAAGCAUGAUUGUAGUGCAUUCGUCAUCUGGCCACGUGCAUUCGCUGGCCGAAGUCCUCAAGUCUCCGUCGGUGCAGGCGCGUCUCUCUAAUACGAAGUAUGCCCGUGAGACAGCAAUUAUGGACACAUUUUUCAAUCAUUUGAGGAUGGACACAAACAAAGCCACGUACGGGGCUAAAGAAGUAGAAUCAGCAGUUGAGCAAGGUGCGGUUGGCCGAGGCGGUGGUAUUCUAUUAAUUUCAAACAGGCUCUUUCGGGCGCAAGACGUGCACGAAAGAAAGAGAUGGGUUUCUCUAGUUGAUCGCGUGAGAGACGUUGAAGGGGGGGAGGUCCGAGUGCUAAGUUCUGACCACGAAAGUGGGAAAAGAUUAGACGGUUUGGGCGGCGUUGCCGCACUUUUGACGUUUCCCGUCCUCGACGAUGAGAAUGAAGAAGACGAUGGCGAUGACAAUGCCGAUGGAUAGGAGAGGGGGGAGGGUUUUAGGUGCAAUGUUCAAAUAUUCGAUGAGACUUCCAAGAGGCGAUGACCGUGAUGAACAAGCCAUGGAGGCCGUUCGCCGGCUUACCGUCUACUCGCGUUUCAUCUUCUGCGGUAGCUACUAUUUUGAACCUCUGGGAUCAUACGAUGAGCCACCGCUCGGACCGCGAAGAAGCUGGUCUUCAAUGCAGUGAAAAGAACAUAACUACAUUAUGCAUUUAUUGGAUAAAAAGGGCAUUAUUCAGGACACAUAUUUAUGAAGUGAAGAUCCUGUGCCUAAAUGCUACUCAGUAAAUGCGGGAUUCAGAACAGUCGGGAAUUAUUAGUAUCCAUGAAAAAGCUUCCAACAGCCAGA